AUGCCACCGGGCAGCCGAGUGCCUGGGGUUUGGCGGCUGCUGCCCGUGAGUUUGGUGGUCGUCAUUGUGGUGAUCCACUCCUCCAAAGAUUUGGUGGGCUUUCGCGAGCCAGGUGAAACCCUCGUUCCCAGCGGUGUGGCUGGAGCUGCUCUGGAAGCCCUAGAGGAAACGGAUCGCAGCAGAGCUGCCUUGCCUGCGAGGACAGAAGGAAGGCUGCAGCAGAACUACGUGGCGGCGCCUGCACCACCAAGUGGGCCUUUGUCGUCCUCCAAGAUUGGUUUCUAUCUUCAUGUGGAGUCGGCAACCGCCAGUCCAGCAGCACUAAUUCGACAAGUGCGACAGGUGAAACGCCACUUCCCAAAGUCGCGGAUCUUCGUGAUGAGUGAUGGUGGGAUGGAUUUCACCAGCUUCUGCAAACAAAAUGGCUGCAUUUUCGCCUUGUGCCCCCCUGCCAAUGAUCUUUGGCAUCCGUGGCCCUUCUUCCGCCGACUUUACGACGCUACGCUGGCGUUGAACACUGAAUUCUUGGUGUUCCUGGAUCAACAUGUCCUGGUGCAGGGUCCCAUUCGCCAUGCACCUGCCAUGGGAAGCACAGGAAGCACGGGAACCAUUGGAAGCUAUGCGGCCUGGGGUUUGGAGGAGAGGAGGUCCAUGGUGUUGGCCGAGGAAAUGACCAGCUUGGGACAGGAACGUGUCCCAAGCUUCCAGUGGACCUCCAUGGCGCGGCUGGGUGGCGGUGCCAUCUUUUGGAGCGAAGCCUUGUUGGAUGCGUUGACUGAUGAACGGGUCAUGCGCCUGGACUGGAACCGCCUGGCACAGCAAGGAGGAAAGGGUAUCUUUUCCUUCGACCUGGCCCUCAACUAUGCCCUGGCCGCACGUGGUUGGUCUGUUUCGGUCUGGGACGACCUGGCUCUGGUGGAUGGCGCCGAUGAAAAGACGGCCUUUCUGUACGAUCAGGGUUCAGCUACUGCAUCCAGGGAGUCAGAGUUGGAUGCCUCCGAUGAGUUAGUUUCUCCCAGGUCCGCCGAGUACGAUGUGCCGAAUGGCGAUUGCCAGGUGUGUUACAACCUGCAACGCUACAUCGAGAAUUGGGGUUCUGCAAAAUGCACGAACCGCUUACCUUUCAACUACUCCAAAGUGAUGUUGGAGAAGUAUCAUCCGCAGUUGGCAGAUGGCUGCAAUUUGCCCACGCUCUGCAAGCCCGAUGGAAGUCUCCAAAGAAAGCCGUCGGAUUCGAAGUAUGGCUUCUAUUUGCAUGUCUAUGCAGAUCCGGCCGCUGUGAUCUUCCAGGUCCGCCAAUUGCGAAAGUUCUUUCCCGGCUCUCCGAUCUAUGUCAUGAGUGAUGGUGGUAUGGACUUCACCCCGCUGUGCAAACAGCAGGGCUGUACCUUUGUUCUUUGCCCGCCUGCCAAUGAUCGCUGGCACCCCUGGCCCUUUUUCAAGCGCUUGGUUGAUGCUGCGCAAAGCCUCAAUACGGAGUAUGUGAUUAUGCUGGAACCCGACAACACCAUCCAUGGUCCCAUCCGGCGGGAACCGCAGCAUGACGCUGGAGGCAUUUUUGUGAAAGAUCGCUCCUUUGGGCUUGUGGACUAUGUGGAGAAGAUGGCGCAAAGCCGGGUGCCAGGCUUCAAAUGGACCAAGACCGCCAUGUCUGCUGGCUUGGCUGGGGGUGCCUACUUCAGGAGAGAGGCGAUCUUGGACGCCUUCUCGGAUGACAACAUGAUGAAGUUGGAUUGGAACAUGCUGGGCGAGAGGGCCACGAAAGAAAUUUAUUCCUCGGAUUUCGCGAUGCAGUUUGCUCUGGCUGCGCGGGGCUGGCAUAUCGAGCCAUGGGAAGAAACAGCCCAAAUGGACAAGCAGAAGGACGUUCCACUGACAGGGCCAAAGGAUGCAGCCUUCCGGCACUACUGCUCUUGUUAUCCUGGAGGUAAACCUACCUAUAACAUCAAGCUCAAGAAAGAGGAUCAAAAAUUGGCGCUGGAUCAACCCGCGGAAUACGGCCGGGUGAAUUCUGUUUGCCAGUUGUGCUACAACCUCUCAAGAUACGUCUCGUUGUGGGGAUCUGCGCGCUGCACCAAUGAGAUUCCCUUUUCCUACUCCAAGCUUUUGCUGCAGAGGUAUCAUCCUGAGGUCCUGGAGGGCAAGUGUGAGCUGCCCUGGUUGUGCCAGCGGAAGGAAAGCAAGAAGUGA